AUGGCCAUUGAUGAGGAGCGACAGAGGCCCAACCAUUUCCACUUCACCGAUGGGGACAGGCAGAGCCCCUCAGGCCCGGCCUGGCUAUGGGGCGGCCCUUCUGCUCCUUUGAUCCCCUGGGCGGCCACCGAGGCUCAUCGGGCACUGCCGGUUGCUGGCGAUGAGGAAGGAGGAGCUCCAGCUCCAGCUGCCCUUGGCCAGGUGUGCCAGGCACUGUGUGGGAUGAGCCCCGUGCCCCUCACCCUGGAGUCGGGAGGAUUCUUUCCUGCUCUCUGCGGAGAAUUCCACCUGCUCUGUGGGAACAAGAGCAUCAUCGUUGGGGACGGGGGUGUCCAACAGGGAUACCGCGUGGCCCUGAGUCUGUCUCUGGUCGCCCCCAGGCUGUGCGGCCUGCGCACCCUGCAGCCCUACGCCGAGAGGAUCCCUGUGGCGGCCACCGCCGGCAUCACCAUCAACUUCACGUCCCAGAUCUCCCUCACCGGGCCCGGCGUGCAGGUGCACUACGGCUUGUACAACCAGUCAGAUCCCUGCCCUGGAGAGUUCCUCUGCUCUGUGAAUGGACUCUGUGUGCCCGCCUGCGACGGGGUCAAAGACUGCCCCAAUGGCCUGGAUGAGAGAAACUGCGUGUGCAGAGCCACAUUCCAGUGCCAGGAGGACAGCACAUGCAUCUCACUGUCCAGGGUCUGUGACCGGCAGCCUGACUGUCUCAAUGGGAGUGAUGAGGAGCAGUGCCAGGAAGGGGUGCCUUGCGGGACCUUCACUUUCCAGUGUGAGGACGGCAGUUGUGUGAAGAAGCCCAACCCACAGUGCGACGGGCUCCCCGACUGCGAGGACGGCUCGGACGAGCAGUACUGUGACUGUGGCCUCCAGGGCCCCUCGGGCCGCAUCGUGGGCGGGGCCGAGUCCUCGGAGGGUGAGUGGCCCUGGCAGGCCAGCCUCCAGGUUCGGGGCCGACACAUCUGUGGGGGGGCCCUCAUCGCUGACCGCUGGGUGAUCACAGCUGCCCACUGCUUCCAGGAGGACAGCAUGGCGUCCCCGGCGCUGUGGACCGUGUUCCUGGGCAAAGUGUGGCAGAGCUCUCGCUGGCCGGGUGAGGUGUCCUUCAAGGUGAGCCGCCUGCUCCUGCACCCGUACCAUGAGGAGGACAGCCACGACUAUGACGUGGCCCUGCUGCAGCUCGACCACCCCGUGGUGCGCUCGGCCUCCGUGCGCCCCGUCUGCCUGCCCGCGCGCUCCCACUUCUUCGAGCCGGGCCUGCACUGCUGGAUCACGGGCUGGGGUGCCCUGCGCGAGGGUGGCCCCACCAGCAACGGUCUGCAGAAGGUGGACGUGCAGCUGAUCCCGCAGGACUUGUGCAGCGAGGCCUACCGCUACCAGGUGACCCCCCGCAUGCUGUGCGCCGGCUACCGCAGGGGCAAGAAGGAUGCCUGCCAGGGUGACUCUGGCGGCCCGCUGGUGUGCAAGGAGCCCAGUGGCCGCUGGUUCCUGGCGGGGCUGGUCAGCUGGGGUCUGGGCUGUGGCCGGCCCAACUAUUUUGGCGUCUACACCCGCAUCACAGGUGUGAUUGGCUGGAUCCAGCAGGUGCUGGCCUGAGGAGCUGCCCCCGCAGAGCAAGGGCCCACCUCUUGCACUCAGAGAGCCCAGGGCACCCACCAGGCAGGGGAGCAAGUAUUCCGCCAGUGGCGGGGCCCCGUGGGGACAGGAGGUGGAGUCUCUCCUCUCCCGCAACCUGUUGCCUGACAUCUGCCCCAGUGAGGACACAAGGAGGGAGAAGGGCCAUCAGCUGGUGGUCAAGACUUCCCCUGAGGGCCUGGGACGGUCACCAGGCCCGGCUGGGGGGGUUCGCAUCCAGCCUGUCCCCUCCUGAUUCUCUCUUCUCCUUCCCCUUCCUCCGCUGCUGACUUCGGUGGGGAAGAGUUGAGCAGCAAUCAUGUGGCUGCCGGGCCCCCCGCCUACCCCCGCCCCAGCGCAGAGGCUGCUGGGAGAGCAUCCUCUCCAGACAGCUGAUUCCAGCCUUUGAAGCCCUUGGCCUAACUUGAGGGGUGGGGGAGGAAGGUGGCCCCGCAGGAAGGGCCCUCAGAGCCCUGGAGACAGCCAAGUGGGCCAGCCGCCACUGCAGGCCAAAGGGUGGGGAGCCCCAGGUCCAGGGUCCUCCCACGCCUACCUGUUCCUCGGGCCUUCACUACCCAUUCUCACCUGGAGGUGAGCUCAGCUGCCCUGUGGAAUA